AUGAAUGCAAAUACUGAACCUUCGUCGGCCCAAAUUGAGGAUGAAGCGAAGCCAGAGGUCGUGAUGGCGGAAUUCUCUGAUUCCGCAUUCGGCAAGACUGAUGGCGGCGGAUUCAUGGUGCAUUCAGAAGGCCGCGUCAUAGGGCUCAAGGUGGCGGGAGACGGAAAGACGAUCCUUCGGCCACAGCCCAGCGACUUGCCCGAGGAUCCGUUGAACUGGUCAUGGUGGAAAAAGCACCUCGUGCUUUUCACCGUAUCGUUCGGCGCCAAUGUCUGCGACUUCACCAGCGCCGCUGGCUAUGCUCCUGUACUUGAACAGUCGGUGGAAUGGGGCGUGUCUUACAGCUCGGCCAACCUGAUCAACUCUAUGAACAUCCUCGCACUAGGCGUUGGUGGUCUAAUAUGGGUGCCCAUGGCAUCAGGCUGGGGGCGCGCCCCAGUCAUCUUCUGGUCGACGGUUGUCGGGUUCGCCUGCGCCUUGGGCAGCUGCCUCGUGCGUGAUUACGCACCCAUAUUCGCCUUGCGCGUCUUGCUGGGCCUCUUUAUCACUGCCACGCAAACUGUCUCGGUCGGCGUCAUCAAGGAUAUCUUCUUCUUCCACGAGAGCGCGCGCAAAAUUGGCAUCUGGGCCACCAUCUACAUCACGUCGCCGUAUCUGGGCCCGUGCAUGGGCAACUUUGUGCUUGGGGCCACGGGCCACUGGCCAGACGUGCUGUGGCUGACCAGUGGCAUCGCAGGCCUGCAGAUCGUCUUUAUUGUGCUCUUCCUGGAUGAAUCGUGGUACAACCGGGGCUUUCCUCUCUCGGAACAGCCGCCGCGCCCUGCGAGUUUUCUGGCUCGCAUGGGUCGUGUCACAGGCAUCUGGUCCAUCAAAUACCACAACGCCUAUUUCCCAACUAUCGACACGGUAUUAACUCGGUUCACAUGGCUGAUUACUCGGCCGGCUUUCUUACUGAUCUGGUUCUCAUAUAUGCUGGUCUUUGGCUGGGCCAUCGGUAUCAAUGUGUCAGCGUCGCUGCUCUUCGCGACGCCGAAAGAAUUGGGAGGAUACGGAUACAGCUACACCUCGCUUGGCUAUCUCUACUUUACGCCGAUAGUGGGGAUUGUUGUAGCCGAGAUAGUGGGACACUAUAUCAAUAACUGGUUACAGCGUUGGUAUAUCAAGAGGCACAAUGGCAUUUUUCAGCCCGAAGCACGCCUAUACGUUUUGUAUGGCGCCACGCCAUUUUACAUCUGCGGCCUCGUUCUGACGGGGUUUGCCUUGGAGGACCAUCUCCACGAUGCAGCCGUAAUCGUCGGCUGGGGUGUCUACAGUUUCGGCAUCAUGUUGUCGUCGGUCGCUGUGACUUCCUAUGUUACUGAUGCAUACCCCGGCAUCCCAGCUGACGUCGCUGCGUGGAUUAAUUUUGGUCGUGUUGCUGGUGGCUUUGCCAUUGGCUUCUACGAAAGUCCUUGGCAGCAGGCCAUUGGGUACAAGUGGGUCUUUGGUAUUCAGGCCUUGAUUUGUGUCGCGGCGAUAACUCCCGUCGUGUUUUUGCAUAUUUAUGGUCGCCGUCUCAGGAUGAAAUAUCCAAUGCCAACAUUUUCCUUUUAA